AUGGCUUCCUCAUCCACAAAAUCGCCACCGGAAUGGACGAUUGAAAAAGUCAUAGAAUUUAUUGAACUUUAUCAAGCACAUCCAAUAAUAUGGGACGCAACUCGAAAGGAUCAUAAGAAUAAAAAUUUAUUAGCUGAUGCAUGGCGCACCAUUCAACAGAAUAUGGGAAUGAAUUUCUCAAUUGAAGAUUUAAAAAAAAAGCGAGAAUCAUUAAUGAGCACAUAUCGCCUUUACAGAAAGAAAAUUAGUGACUCUACUCGAUCUGGAUCAUCAACAGAUGAUAUUUUUAAACCAAAUUGGUUCGCUUAUGAGCUCAUGGAUAGGUUUCUUGCUCCGAUUUAUGAUAAAUCAGAUACAGUUACUAUUAACACAGAGGUAAGAUAA